AUGGACAAGGUGGACAAGAUUCUGGACCAAUUCACCGACCCCUUGACUGGGUCGGUGCAUGGCGCCGUUUUCAUCGCUAUUGACAGUUCAGGGGAUGUCAUCUACCAUCGUGCUGCCGGCAAAGCAGACCUUGAUGAUGAAAGGGCAGCUGCUUUGCAAACCGAUUCUCUAUACUGGAUUGCUUCCAUGACAAAGCUUGUGACCGCAGUGGCUGUAAUGCAACUUGUGGAGCGAGGCAUGGUAUCACUUGAAGAUGAUGUCCGGGCAAUAGUCCCCGAGCUCCGCGAUAUACAAAUUUUAAGAGAUAUGAGGAACGACAAGGGACUCUCGCUAGAGUUGAGCCAACCACAUCUGAAGCCCGUUCAAGGAAAGAUAACUCUCCGAAGUCUCCUGUGCCAUACAGCUGGCUUCGUGUAUGACAGCUCAUCGCCGCUGCUGCAACAGUGGUCCAAAUCCCAGGGUCGAACAGCAUACACUUCAUCCCAGCAGGCUGGCUACCAACACCCACUACUUUUUGAACCCGACACCUCUUGGGGAUAUGGGGCUGGUUUAGAUUGGGCUGGUCGAGUGAUUGAAUGCGUGACAAAGUCUACUCUCGAAGAUUAUAUGCGGACGCAUAUCUGGUCUAAGCUUGGUGCCGUGUCAACAACCUUCCACCCAGAACUGUACCGCGAGACGCUUCCACCACAAAUGGGAAUGGGAUAUCGCGUGAGCGUUGGCCAGGGCGCCAAGUCUCUGAAGCCGGGGCCUAUCAUCCUCAAACAGCCAGCGCAGGAUGACCUUGGGGGUAUAGGGCUCUUCAGCACGCCGAUGGAUUUUGUCAAGUUACUAUCUGCGCUUCUGGGUGGUGGAUCCCCACUGCUCACCCGAGAAAGUGUCGAUAUUCUACUGCAGCCACAGCUCAGUGAUGCAUCUCGUGAAGCAAUGCCGAGACCUCUUGGAGCUCAGAUGAGACGGGUGUUAGGCAUCAAAGACGUUGGCGACACCCAACAGGCAGAUCAUUCUCUUGCUGGGACAGUCAUAUUGAAGGAUAUUGCUGGUCGGAGGCGAGCUGGUACGGCCAACUGGAGCGGGCUACCGAACUUGCACUGGUGGAUCGAUCGGCAAACGGGCAUCGCAGCUACGUUGUUUACGCAAGUUAUGCCACCGGGAGAUGCUGCUAUGACUAGCCUUCUUAUUGAUCUAGAAGAGAGUCUUUAUGCAGCGUUGGAAGAGGGUGCUGCGCAUAUGGAUAUUCCUGUGAAGCUAUAG